AUGAUAUAUUUUGAUGUGCUCGUUCUUAUAAUAUCCUAUUAUUCGACAAACGCAUAUGAUGCGGAAAUUUAUAUGACAACUAACGAAAUAAUUGAGCGAUGGGGUUAUUCGAUGUCGAUUCAUACAGUUACCACCAAUGAUGGAUACAUUCUAGAAAUGCAUAGGAUUUCUGAAGGCAAGAAUAAUUCCAUCUGGAAGAAUGGCAGGAAGCCAGUGGUUUUUAUGCAGCAUGCUUUGCUCUGUUCCAGUAGCGAUUGGGUCAUCAAUCUUCCCCAUCAAAGCGCCGCUUUUAUGUUCGCCGAUGCUGGAUUCGACGUGUGGCUUGGAAAUAGUCGAGGAAAUGUCUAUUCGAAAAAGCAUCGCAAUCUCGACCCAUCGUCAGCCGAAUAUUGGGAUUUCAGCUGGGAUGAGAUGGCCAAAUAUGAUCUUGAAGCAAUGAUCAACAAAGUGUUGAAAGUGACCGGGGAAUCGAGUAUUUACUACAUCGGUCAUUCGCAAGGGACACUCACAAUGUUCUCCCGACUCGCCGACGACGAUGGAAAAAGGUUUGCUCCGAAGAUUCGAAAGUUGUUCGCAUUGGCUCCGGUAAUGUCGGUGAAGAAUAUCAAAGGAUUGUUUCGAUUUAUUGCCCAAAACAUGAUGUCACUUCUUGACGCUCAUUAUCGAGCUUUUGGUUCCGGUGAGUUUCUCGCCAAAAAUUGGAUAUCAAUGGGAAAAUAUCUCUGCGCGACGUUCAUCUCGAAACUCUGCGAUUCAUUCAUUUUUGUGAUCGCCGGACCAGAGAGCAGCCAAUGGAAUUCGACGCGAGUGCCAGUCUACGUUAGCCAAGCUCCAGCUGGAACCUCCACCAAAAACAUUUUGCAUUGGAUGCAGCUUGUUAAUAAUGGGCGAGUUGCCAAGUUCGAUUAUGGAGCUGGCAAGAAUCUCGAGAAAUAUGGGCAUGUGAGUCCACCGGCAUACAACUUCUCAAAUAUUCAAGGAACUCGAAUUCAUAUUUAUUGGAGCGACAGCGAUUAUCUGGCGGAUAGUGAGGAUGUGACCCAAUAUAUUUUAAAAUCGCUGAAUCCUGAUGUUCUAGAGGAAAAUAUUCAUUUGAGCGGCUUCAAUCAUCUCGAUUUCACGUGGGGUCUGCGAGCUGCCGAUGAGAUCUACAAACCGAUCAUUCAAACGUGUACAGACGAUUAUAAAAAUAGCAUAAAUAUCGAACGGUAA